CUGGCUGCUCUUUCGAUGAGGAUGGAGACCCAGUGGCACCAUGUGAAUAUAGUCAGGCCCAGUAUGAUGAUUUCCAGUGGGAGCAAGUACGCAAUGAUGCUGGACCCCGGUUCCCACCAGACCUGCCUCAUGGUUCUUACCUGAUGGUCAACUCUUCCCAGCAUGCUGCUGGUCAGCGAGCCCACGUGGUCUUCCAGAGCCUGAGUGAGAAUGACACCCACUGCUUACAGUUCAGCUACUUCCUCUACAGCCGGGAUGGGCACAGCCCUGGGACCCUGGGAGUCUAUGUGCGCGUCAAUGGAGGCCCCUUGGGCAGCGCCGUCUGGAACAUGUCUGGCUCUCAUGGCCGUCAGUGGCACCAGGCUGAGCUGGCGGUCAGCACUUUCUGGCCCAAUGAGUACCAGGUGCUGUUUGAGGCCAUCAUCUCCACUGACCGCCGAGGCUACAUAGGCCUAGAUGACAUUCUGCUCUUCAGCUACCCAUGUGCAAAGGCCCCUCACUUCUCCCGUCUGGGCGAUGUGGAGGUCAACGCAGGCCAGAAUGCCACCUUCCAGUGCAUGGCAGCUGGGCGGGCCUCGGAGGCAGAGCAGUUUCUGUUGCAGCGCCAGGGUGGUUUGAUGGUCCCUGCUGCCUCUGUGAAGCACAUCAGUCACCGCCGCUUCCUGGCCACAUUCCAGCUGCCCGAAGUCGGGCGGGGGGAACAGGACCUCUAUCGCUGUGUGUCCCAGGCCCCACGAGGGGCAGGAGUCUCCAACUUUGCAGAGCUCAUUGUUAAGGAGCCCCCCACACCCAUCGCACCUCCCCAGUUGCUCCGGGCUGGCUCCACCUACCUCAUCAUUCAGCUCAAUACCAACUCCAUCAUUGGUGAUGGCCCCAUUGUGCGCAAGGAGAUCGAAUACCGUAUGUCUCGGGGCCCAUGGGCAGAGGUGCAUGCGGUCAGCAUGCAGACCUACAAGCUGUGGCACCUGGACCCCGACACUGAAUAUGAGAUCAGCGUGUUGCUCACCCGGCCUGGUGAAGGGGGCACUGGAAAGCCUGGCCCUGCGCUCAUCAGCAGGACCAAAUGUGCAGAGCCCAUGAGAGCUCCCAAGGGUCUUGCCUUUUCUGAGAUCCAGUCUCGCCAACUGACCCUCCAGUGGGAGCCCCUUGGCUAUAAUGUCACCCGCUGCCACACUUAUACUGUGUCCCUGUGCUACCGCUACACCGUGGGCAGCAGCCACAACCAGACUUUUCGGGAGUGCGUGAAGAUGGAACGGGGCACCAACCGCUACACCAUCAAAAACCUGCUGCCCUACAGGAACAUCCAUGUGAGGCUCAUCCUGGCCAACCCUGAGGGAAGGAAAGAGGGCAAGGAGGUCAUCUUCCAGACAGACGAAGAUGUUCCUGGAGGAAUCUCAGCAGAGUCACUGACCUUCACCCCUCUGGAGGACAUGAUCUUUCUGAAGUGGGAAGAACCCCUGGAGCCAAAUGGCCUUAUCACCCAAUAUGAGAUUAGUUAUCAGAGCAUUGAGUCAUCAGAUCCUGCAGUGAAUGUGCCUGGCCCCAGGCGCACAGUGUCCAAGCUCCGAAAUGAGACCUACCACGUGUUCUCCAACCUGCAUCCGGGUACCACAUACCUGUUCUCUGUGAGGGCAAGGACCGGCAAGGGCUUUGGCCAGACGGCUCUCACUGAGAUCACCACCAACAUCUCUGCUCCAAGCUUUGACUACGGGGACAUGCCAUCCCCACUGGGGGAGUCGGAGAGCACCAUCACAGUGCUGCUGAGGCCAGCACAAGGACGUGGGGCCCCCAUCAGUGUUUACCAGGUGAUAGUAGAAGAGGACCGUGCCCGGAGGAUUAAGCGGGAGCCUGGGGCUCAGGACUGCUUCCCGGUGCCCUUGACCUUCGAUGCUGCCCUUGCCCGGGGUGCGGUCCAUUAUUUUGGGGCAGAACUGCCAGCCAGCAGCCUCCUGGAGGCCACACCUUUCACUGUGGGUGACAACCAGACUUACCGGGGCUAUUGGAACCCGCCGCUGGAGCCCAAGAAGGCCUAUCUCAUCUACUUCCAGGCCACAAGCCACUUGAAGGGGGAAACCCGGCUGAACUGUAUUCGGAUUGCUCGCAAAGCUGCCUGCAAGGAAAGUAAGCGGCCCCUAGAGGUAUCCCAGCACUCAGAGGAGAUGGGCCUGAUUCUGGGUGUCUGCGCUGGGGGACUUGUGGUCCUCAUUAUCCUCUUGGGGGCCAUCAUCAUCAUCAUUCGCAAAGGGAAGCCGGUCAACAUGGCCAAGGCCACCAUCAACUACCGCCAUGAGAAGACCCACAUGAUGAGUGCUGUGGACCGCAGCUUCACAGAUCAGAGCACGCUGCAAGAGGACGAACGCCUAGGCCUCUCCUUCAUGGAUGCCCAUAGCUACAGCACCCGGGGGGACCAGCGAAGCAGCGUGGUCAAUGAGUCCAGCAGCCUGCUGGGAGGCUCCCCCCGGCGGCCCUGUGGCCGGAAGGGCUCCCCCUACCACACGGGACAGCUGCACCCGGCUGUCCGAGUGGCCGAUUUGCUGCAGCACAUCAACCAGAUGAAGACAGCUGAGGGCUAUGGCUUUAAGCAGGAGUAUGAAAGUUUCUUUGAAGGCUGGGAUGCCACCAAGAAGAAGGACAAGACCAAGGGCAGAACGGACCCUGUCCCACCUUACGAUCGGCACCGAGUGAAGCUGCAUCCGCUUCUGGGAGACCCCAACGCAGACUACAUCAACGCCAACUACAUCGAUAUUCGGAUAAACCGAGAAGGCUACCACAGAUCAAACCACUUCAUAGCUACUCAAGGACCCAGGCAGGAGAUGGUGUAUGACUUCUGGAGGAUGGUGUGGCAGGAACAUUGCUCCAGCAUCGUCAUGAUCACCAAGCUGGUGGAAGUGGGACGGGUGAAGUGUUCUCGCUACUGGCCUGAUGACUCAGAGAUGUAUGGAGAUAUCAAGAUAACUCUGGUGAAAACAGAGACCCUGGCCGAGUAUGCAGUCCGUACUUUUGCUAUGGAGAGGAGGGGCUACUCGGCCCGUCAUGAGGUACAGCAGUUCCAUUUUACUGCAUGGCCAGAGCAUGGCGUCCCUUACCAUGCCACGGGGCUGCUGGCCUUCAUCCGCCGUGUCAAGGCCUCCACUCCACCUGAUGCUGGGCCCAUUGUCAUCCACUGCAGUGCAGGCACGGGCCGGACAGGCUGCUACAUUGUUCUCGAUGUGAUGCUGGAUAUGGCUGAAUGCGAGGGCGUUGUAGACAUCUACAACUGUGUCAAGACGCUGUGCUCUCGCCGAAUCAACAUGAUCCAGACGGAGGAACAGUAUGUCUUCAUCCAUGAUGCAAUCCUGGAGGCCUGCCUGUGUGGGGAAACUACCAUCCCUGUCAGUGAAUUUAAGGCCACCUAUAAAGAGAUGAUCCGAAUCGACCCCCAGAGUAACUCCUCCCAGCUGAGGGAUGAAUUUCAGACCCUUAAUUCAGUGACACCCCCAUUAGAUGUGGAGGAAUGUAGCAUUGCCCUCCUUCCCAGGAACCGGGAGAAGAACAGAAGCAUGGAUGUCCUGCCUCCUGACCGCUGCCUGCCCUUCCUCAUCUCCACCGAUGGGGACCCCAACAACUACAUCAAUGCAGCUUUAACUGAUAGUUACACCCAGAGUGCAGCCUUCAUCGUCACCCUGCAUCCGCUGCAGAGCACGACCCCUGACUUCUGGCGCCUGGUCUAUGAUUAUGGCUGCACUUCCAUCGUCAUGCUCAAUCAGCUGAAUCAGUCCAAUUCUGCCUGGCCCUGUCCCCAGUACUGGCCAGAGCCUGGCCGCCAGCAGUACGGCCCCAUGGAUGUGGAGUUUGUGUCUGGCACAGCAGACGAUGACCUCAUCGCUCGCCUCUUCCGAGUUCAGAAUCUCACUCGGCUACAGGAAGGACAUCUGCUGGUACGGCACUUCCAGUUUCUGCGCUGGUCCGCAUACCGGGACACACCCGACUCCAAGAAGGCCUUCCUGCACUUGCUGGCCGAGGUGGAGAAAUGGCAGGCUGAGAGUGGGGAGGGGCGGACCAUCGUGCAUUGUUUGAAUGGAGGUGGUCGCAGUGGUACCUUCUGUGCCUCCACCACGGUCCUGGAGAUGAUUCGCUGCCACAACCUGGUGGAUGUUUUCUUUGCUGCCAAGAUGUUGCGUAACUACAAGCCCAACAUGGUGGAAACUCUGGAGCAGUACCAUUUCUGCUAUGAUGUGGCCCUGGAAUACCUGGAAUCAUUGGAGACAAGAUAGCGUGAGACGUGCUAAGUCUUAGAGGGGAGGGGGCUCAUCCCCCAGGGGCUGGCCCUCCCAUCACCUGCCGUCCCAUCUGCAAGUGAGAACCCUGGCAUGAGGGAAUGAUCUGGCCAUCAUUUGCCUGUCCUAGGUUACCCUGCCUCUGACACCAUCCUGUUCCCUGCCCUCUUAGGCAUAGCUCCCAUUCAGUGGCCCUUGGAGAAGGAGUGUGAGGGGGAGGUCCUGCAGAUAGGAUGUGGCACUAUGCUGGAUUGGGGUUUUCUCUAGGUCAGUCCUGGUACCCGGGAAGGUUUUAGGGACCAAAUGGAGGGGGUGGCUGGGGAUGGGGCCGAGUAUAGCCUCCCAGCCCACUCCGGCUCAUAUGGGCCUAGUAAAAGGUCUUUGGUGUUGCUAGGCUGGGACCACAGAGCAAAGAGGGAGCUGUUUUAGUGAGAGUACCAGAGUGGCUUUUUCAGAUGUUGAAGGGGAUAGGGGUUUGUCAACCAUAGCUACUUUGCCCUGAGAUCGGGUCUUUGAGCCCAUGAAGGAGCCGGGCAGCCCUUGACUAAGAGAGAGAGUUUAGAUCAUCAGGAAAGGGCCUUGAAGAGGUUAUAGCUGUCUGAGUCCUUCAGGGCUUGAGAGUACAAAGGGAAGAAGUUUGCUUUAAGGCUGGUGAAUGGGUGGGGCUUGAAAGUCUAGUCAGGUGCUUGGUUAAGAGGAGAGAGUCCUAGCUACGACUUCCCAGUAAGGGGUAGUGGUAACCAUUGAUCUUUUCCACCAGGGACUUGGCAGGCUCUAAUGAGUGAACACUAACCUUUUCCUUGUGUCUGAGAGGUCACACUCUUUACUCCCUGACUCCCCCUCCCCCCGUGACCAGUCAGCCCACCUGGCACUGAUCUACCCCCUUCACCUACCCAGGCCAGUUUAUUUCCUUGGGUUACUCAUCUCCUGCAUCCCCCAGAAUGCUUUUUCAUGACCCAAGGGGUUCUGGCCCUCCAGCCCCAAACUCUUCUCUGAACCAGAUGCCAGAUGCCUGAAUCAGGGGGUGCUGAGAGCUCCCUGACCAGUUUCCCCUCACCCCAAUAUCUCUAGCCCACUGUGUUCUGAGAAUGAAACUGAUUCAUUACCCUCUCCUCGCUCCUCCUUCACUCAGAGUUUCGUCCUCGCUGGUCUAGCCAGGCCCAGCCCAGGCGAGUGACAAUCUGCAAGGCUGAACUAUAGACCACCAUGGGGAAUGGGGAGCCUAUAGACCCCUGGUGGGUGCCCACUGAGGAUAGAGGGAAGCACUAGAGUGUGCUGGAGCACCGGAACAUGGGCGUUUACUUGCAUGUCUGGGUGAUCCCAGGAGCAAGGAUGCAUAUGUUUCUUUUCUUCUUUUCUUUUGCGGAUGGGGACAAGAAAGAUCUUUUCACAAUGGGGCAGGCCACUUCCCCAUUCUGUGCCUCAGUUUCCCCAUCUGUAAACUGUAGAUAUGACUUACUGACCUACCUCGCAAGGGGCUGUGGGGAGUCACAAGCUGAUGUUUGUAAAUCGCUUUGUAAAUAAAAGAGCUCUCUGAAUGCCA